AUGCCUCGGGGUCAGAAGAGUAAGCUCCGUGCUCGUGAGCAACGCCGCCAGGCUCGCAAUAAGGCCCAUGCUCAGAGGUCUGAUGAAGCUGCAGCCAUGGAGGAAGAGCUUCCCUCCAGCUCCUCUGCCCUGGAAGCUCCUUCCCAGAGUACGUCACCGACCGAGUCAGAUAGCAGUUUCCAGGCGUCGGGAGGGGCCUCAGCCACCGCCAGCACCACCACCUCUCCAGGCGCAGAUAAGACAAGCUCUGAUGAUGGCGAGGAAAGCCAAGAUGAAGCAGUUUCUUAUUUCCCUGCUUCAUCUGCUCACAGGUCAGGCCGUAGGUCUCCCACUGUGAAGGUGGAUUCGGUGGAGCAGUUCCUCCUGCACAAGUUCAAAGUGAACCAACCCAUUUUGAAGAAAGAAAUCGAGAAGAUCCUGGGAGAGGAACACCAGGACGAAUACGCUGAGAUCCUCAAGAAGGCCGCCGAGCGCAUUGAAGUUGUCUUCGCGAUUGAUCUGAAGGAAGUCGACUCAAACAUGUAUGAGUUUGUCAGCAAACUGAACAUCCCCAAUAAUGGGAGGCUGCGUGCAGGCAGGGGCUGGCCCAAGACCGGCCUUCUGAUGAAUAUCCUGGGCUUCAUCUUUAUGAAGGGCAACUGCGCCACUGAGGAAGACCUCUGGGUAUUUCUGAAAUUGUUCCAAAUAUAUCCUGGGAAGAAACACAUCAUCUAUGGAGAGCCGAGAAAACUCAUCAGUAAAGAUCUGGUGCAUCUGAAGUACCUAGAGUACCGCCAGGUGCCUGGCAGUGAUCCACCUCGCCAUGAGUACCUGUGGGGCCCUAGAGCUCACGCUGAGACCAGCAAGAUGAAAGUCCUCCACUUUUUGGCCAAAGCCGGAGCCACGGUGCCUAGUGCCUUCCCACAGUAUGAAGAGGCCUUACAAGAAGAAAGGGCAGACACCAGAGGUGCAGGGAGGGCUGGCACUAGUGCCACAGCAAGGCCUGAUUCCAUGGCCCCGUCUUCUUCCACCCGUAGUGCACACUGA